AAUCUCAGCAACGACACACCCCCGUGUUUUGCUGCAUCCCCGCCAUUGAUCUCUCCUUCACUGGCGCAACCAUGACCACGACCGUCGUAUGCGGCGCGCAAUGGGGCGACGAGGGCAAAGGCAAGCUCGUCGACAUCCUUUGCUCCGACGCUGAGUUGUGCUGCCGCGCUCAGGGCGGCAACAACGCCGGUCACACCAUCGUCGCCAACGGCAUCACCUACGACUUCCACAUCCUUCCCUCCGGUCUCGUCAACCCCAAGUGCACCAACCUCGUUGGCUCCGGCUGCGUCGUUCACGUCCCCUCGUUCUUCAAGGAGCUCGAAGCUCUCGAGAAGCACGGGCUCGACACCAAGGACCGCAUCUUCAUCUCGGACCGCGCGCAUGUCGUCUUCGACCUCCACCAGCUCGUCGAUGGCCUUGAGGAAGUUGAGCUGGGCUCCGGCCUCAUCGGCACCACCAAGAAGGGCAUUGGCCCAACUUACAGCACCAAGAUGUCCCGUAGCGGUGUGCGCGUAUGCGACAUUUUCGACCAAGAGAAACUGGAGUUGAAGAUGCGCAGGCUAGCGGCAGGCUUCCAGAAGCGCUACGGUGACCUGCUGAAGUAUGAUGUGGAUGACGAGAUCAGACGCUACAAGGAGUACAGCGAGCGCCUGAGGCCUUUCGUCAUCGACCAGGUUCCGCUGCUCAAGUCGGCCAAGCAGGGCAAGAGGAACAUCCUUGUCGAGGGCGCCAACGCGCUCAUGCUCGAUAUCGAUGCCGGCUCCUACCCCUUCGUUACGUCCUCCAACACCGGUCUCGGCGGCGUUCUGACCGGCCUUCCUCUGGGCUGGCGGGCGAUACACGAGGUGGUCGGCGUGGUGAAGGCGUACACGACGCGUGUGGGCAGCGGGCCCUUCCCGACGGAACAGCUGAACGCAGAGGGCGAGAAGCUCCAGGUCGUUGGACGCGAGUUUGGCGUGACGACGGGACGCAAGCGGCGCUGCGGCUGGCUCGACCUUGUCGUCGUGCGCUACAGCCACGAUGUCAACGACUACACCGCCAUGAACCUGACCAAGCUCGAUAUUCUUGACGACUUUGAGACAAUCAAGGUCGCGACGGCGUACCGCUACAAGGGCGAGACGCUUGAGUCGUUCCCGGCAAACCUCGACAUCCUUGACCACGUCGAGGUUGUCUACAAGGAGUUCCCGGGCUGGAAGACCAGCACUACCGGCGCCAAGACCUUUGAGCAGCUCCCCGAGAACGCGCGCAAGUACAUUGAGUUUAUCGAGGAGUUCACGGGCAUCAAGGUCAAGUACAUUGGCACUGGCCCUGCCAGGGAGGCCAUGAUCAUCAGGUAAGCAAGCGAGUGAGGGUUGUGGUGUAAAGAGCAUGGGUUUCUGUAUAGACGGAGGGAGUGUAUUUUUGCAUCAAGGCAGAGGACUAGUCAGGCCAGGGCCGGCAUUUGCAUCGGGCGGGGUUUCUCUCCUGAUAUAGAACCGAAUAGAGUGUUAGUUGUAGAUGGAUAGGUGGAUGGAUGUGACUGGCUGACCGGCCCGACC